GCGUUUCAGCCCUCCGCAAAGCGGCAACGCUAACUACUGGCAGUACUAGCAGUCCGGCAUGGUCUGUAGAGGAUUACGGUUGUCGGACCAAAUCGCGGGAUCUCGAUCGGUCAACGAGUAAAACUCGUAGUCGGUUGGAAAUUUUCCUCGUCCUUUCGCCUUGGCGAGAUUAUUUGUUUGUUUGGAAAGAGACGAGCAAGAAAAAUCAGAAUAGAAAAUAAUAAUCUGGCAUCGAAAACGCGAACUUGUGGACUUUCGGUGCAUGCACAAGCGCGUUGCGGGACAAAAAUAUUUUUACGAUAACGAUCGGUUGGCGUUACGUUAAAAUAUAUAUAUAUAUAUAUAUUUAUCGCUCAGAGAUACGAAAGUAGAGAAAUGAUCGAUUUUUCGUUGGCUACAAUUUUUUAAUCGAGAAAUGCGAGGCGGGCCAAUAAGAAAUUAAUCGAACUAAAUAUUAUACAUAUUCACCCCUCGACUCGAAUGAAUUUCUCCCAAAAACGGGCGGGUGGGAACGGUGGAAACAUACACGAAAGCUGGAUUGCGAGAGUAUCGAUUAUUGCUGUUUGCCAUUUUUAUUUUCUUCCUUUAAAUCUUCGCGGCGAUGAAGAAGAUGUCGGUGAGCGAGGAUCGUUUGCUGAGCUAGCAUGAGCCUGAUGACGAUAAUAAUUAUCGGGGUGUUUUUGGCGAUUUUGGCCAGUCUCGAGGCUGUUACCGUUAUUGACCAUCACCCCGACGAAGAAUACUACAUAGAGCAUCAAGUUUCGUACAAGGAUGCUGUCGAGGAGGCAAAGAAACUCAAAAUAUACCCCGUGGGAAUGGAUGCAAAAGGACCAAUACCAGGCUGCAAAACCUGCAGCGCCGAUGAGAUGGAAUAUUGUAGUAACGAAGGCGUUGUGAAUGAUCAUUGCUGCUGUGAUACCGGACCAGAAGAUGACUCGUUCAGGUUCAUGCCUCACGUCUGCCGUAUCGGUCCAGAAGUUUGUCAAGUACAGGCUGCCGAUUGCGCCGAAUAUACAAGGAUCCGUGAGUGUUGUUGUCACGCUUAUCACGCCGAGAAGUGGAAAAACAUUGCAAGUGGAUCAUCAAGGAGCGCGCGGAGUGAUUAUUUUUCGUUUAUGAACUUGAUAGCGUUAUUUACAGCUUCGGGUAGAAUAUUUCCCAUCCUAACGUUAACGCGGUAAAUGUACACAUGCAUACAUAUAUCAUACAUGUAUGCAUACGUACGCAUAAAUGUUAUAUACCUAUAUACACAUAUAUUAUAUACAACAAAUAUACAAAAAAGAUAUGCAUUAGGUAUACAUUCAUACACAUAUAUAUAUAUAUAUAUAUGUGUGUUUAUUUAUAGAUGUAUUAAAGAAACCAAAUAUUUUGUAUCGUGCAAGUUAUUAUGAAAAUAAAUUAUUUUUCCAUGUUUCAAAGCUCGCGAUAAGAAACUGAGUGAUCACGAUGAAGAUUUUGCAGAAAUACAGGAUCAGUCUCGGUUUCAAUUACUUUCUGAAUAAUCCAAGUCUAUAGAUCGUGGAAUUAAACCUCUGAAAGAGUUGACACUAUUUUCCACAAGACUUUCCGCAUAACAACUGUAUCGAGUGAUAUCUGCAGUUUUGCCGUACCUCGCACAUGCCUUGUACCCAUCUUAUUUUAUUGGAACGUGAGAUGGAUGCUUCUUGGAUAAAAAAAAAAAAAAAAAAAAAAAAAAAACGUAAUAAACCGGCAAUAACUGCAUGGCGUACAGCGAAGCUGCCUGCAGCUUAAUUUCAUGCACGCGAAC